AUGUCGUUACGUAUCUUUUUAGAACAAUUGAAGACCUCCCAUCUACCACGGGUAUUAGGAUCCCCUUCCAAAUUGAAAAUCGUGUAUGGUAACGAAAGUGCAGACAUGGAUUCCGUGGCAUCGGCCAUCACAUAUGCCUACUUCAAUUACGUAUAUGAUCCUACUCAACUAGUAAUCCCCAUUAUCAAUAUUCCCAGAUGUGAUUUACCUUUGAGGAGGGACAUAUUGUUUGCUCUGGACAAGAUCAGCAUCACUGAGGAUUUAUUGUAUUUCAAUGAAGAUUUGAACAAGUUUAUUCAAGUUCAUGAGGCUGGUAUUGAGACCGUACUUGUAGAUCAUAAUGAUUUACCAAAGCUGGAUGGAAUAAGGACUGUGGUUGGUGUCAUUGACCAUCAUGCAGACCUGGGAUUAUAUAAGGAUGCUUCCCCGAGAGUCAUAAGGCCCACUGGAAGUUGUUCUUCUUUGGUUUUCAACUAUUGGAUCGGUUUGAUUAAGGGUUGGGUAAGGAUGAAAGAUGCCAUCCCCUUAAGCAUGGCUGCACUCGUGAUCGAUACUACCAAUUUGAAGCAUAGAGUGGAGGAACCUGAUUUGGAAGCUUGUGCCAUCUACGACAAGGCUCUCCCCGAUUUUGAUAGACACCAGUAUUGUAAGGACUUAAAGAAAAGAAAGAACGAUAUUAAAGGGUUUACUGUGCAUGAUCUCUUACGAAAGGAUUAUAAGCAAUUCCAGUUUGCAAAUAGCAAUGGAGAUGAGAUAGAUGUGGGGAUUUCAUCGAUGGUGAAAUCGUUGCAAUGGCUCUAUGAAGAAUAUGGGAGUCAGGCAAUAUUUGAAGACGAAUGUGCUAAAUACCGAGAAGAACAUCAAUUAACCAUGCUUGUGGUGAUGACCUCGAGGACCGACGAUGCAGGGUUCAGAAGAGAACUAGCUAUCUUACCCGAGCCCAAAUUCCAAGCAGAUGCACAGAAGUUGAUUGCCGGCCUCAGAGAGCAAUUGCAAUUGCAAGAUGUUGCUGCUGAUUUCAGUGCAUCCAGUACGAAAGAUUCCAACUCUACGUAUAAAUCUUACGACCAACUGAAUGUUGCUGCCAGCAGAAAGCAAGUGGUUCCAUAUUUAAAAGCAGCUUUCGAGACUUUAUAG